AAAAAAGUUAGAGUCGGGAGGGAGUAAAACUAGAGCCAUCAUUUAGUUUUGAUCUGUCCUUUUCCUGUCUUAUCUGUCAUUAGCACGCCGGCUUUCGAAGCGGAGAUCGUGUGACUUCUUUGGAGUCUUCUAGUUUAUUUCCUACAUACUUAACUUUAACAAGAUGCCUCUCCAGCUGACCAAACCCGCCCCUCAGUUCAAGACCACCGCGGUCGUCAACGGCGAGUUCAAGGACGUUGCUUUGUCCGACUACAAAGGCAAAUACGUAGUCCUUUUUUUCUAUCCCCUGGAUUUCACUUUCGUGUGCCCUACUGAGAUCAUCGCGUUCUCGGACCAUGCUGAUGACUUCCGUAAAAUUGGGUGCGAAGUGAUCGCCGCCUCCACCGACUCCCACUUUACGCACUUGGCUUGGAUCAACACGCCACGCAAGCAAGGAGGUCUUGGACCGAUGAACAUCCCAAUUAUCAGCGACAAGACGCACCGCAUCGCGCGCGACUACGGCGUUUUGAACGAGGAGACCGGCAUCCCGUUCCGCGGGCUCUUUAUCAUCGACGACCGCCAGAAUCUUCGCCAGAUCACCGUCAACGACCUGCCCGUCGGACGGUCCGUAGAGGAGACUCUUCGCCUCGUUCAAGCAUUCCAGUUCACGGACAAGCAUGGCGAAGUGUGCCCGGCCAACUGGAAGCCAGGAUCUAAGACCAUCAAGCCGGACACUAAGGCUGCGCAGGAGUACUUCGUCGACGCCAACUAAAAUUACUCUCUCUACCGCUGCUAAUAAAAUCGUUCAGACAAUCUUUAGAUGAAUACAUGUAAAAUUUUCUUCAAAAUCGUGAUCUUGACGUGCGAUAAAACUUAUAAAACGGCGGAAUGAGUAGUUAUUGUUGACAUACUAUGUUUUGAGCGCUAACUUGCAAUUAUGAACAGUUGUUUAGCAAACUUUUACAGUUAACACUCUGGUCUUCAUGGAAGCAGUUCUCGAUUUUGUAUGUUAUUAAGUUUUAGGUGGGGAUAUGGUAGUUGACAGCGGUUACGUGAAUCUCUCGGCAGUGAUUCUUUUUUUCUUUGGGCAAAAUCUACAAACUUUAGUCUUUACACUGUUCGAAAAUCUUGAAGUGUUUUUAUUGCCAGGAUUUUAUAACCUAGUACAAAAAAAUAUGUAUAACGGGGAGCUUUUGUUUUGAAACCUUAUACAUAGCACGAUGAUGCAAAUUGACUAGUAGGCGCAUUUAUGUCAUUCACUUGUGAUUAAAAAGUAAAGUAUCCUAGGACAGUCUUGGUAGUGCAGAUAGAAUUGUAGUUAACACAUCAGUAUUUACAGAGAUCCUACCUAUAUGUUAAUAGAAUCACUCGAGGCUGUUAUAAAUAAACUGUGCUGUGCUAAAUAUAAAUAUAUAAGAA